GUGGUUUGUUUGUAGCUAUGUGUCGACGAGAAAAUUUUUACGAAUUAGAUUCUCUUAUUAAUCUGAAAGCUGUAAUAUAGUGUAUUAUUUAAAAAUUCAUUCAAGUUUCGCAAACUCUCUGUUUCUUUUAAUUUUGUAUUUUCAUAUUCUUGUUUGAAAUGAGCAACCCUAGGGGUAAGACUCCGCCUCUCUGUCUUCAGUGUGUCGAGGAGCUGGAAUGUUAUCGUUGUGUGAAUUAUCUUUGCAGCGAAGCGAUUGAGGAUGGCUGCAAGUUCUGGUGAUGGAACCAACCACUAUGAAUACUCAAUGGAAGAUGAAUUUUUAAAUUUUGCAUAAAAUACACAACUUGUUCAGUGUAUGAAUAAUUUUAUUUGUGAAUAUGGAUGCUGCACGUAUCAGGUCAUAUAAACACAGUGAUAGCAAUAUGUCAAAUUUAUCAAUUAAUUCAGAACUAAUUCUUCGAACAGAUAUAAAAAAUGCAACAAAAACAAUUUUGGAAGAUAUUUGUAAUGAUUUUGAAAACUUGGAUGUCAUCACUUCAAAAAAUAAAUUUCUUUCAUUUGAUAAAGCAAGGGCAGCUGAAAAUUUUCCAGAAUGUAAUGCAAAUAAGGUUAUAGAUGUGAGUUUUGGUAGAGAAGAACAGUAUUUGGCUGAGAAGGCUGUUUUGUAUAAUAAUACUCUUCCACACCAGAAUGAUUUGCGAAAAAAAGAUUUUGUGGAUGAUAGUUGUAUAAAGUCUAAUGGAACAGUGAAUGCAUUAGUGCCUGUGAAGGCGUCUAUGCAGCAGCAAAACUCUGCUCUUUUUAAUGUUGAUUCUUCUUUAAAUUCUGAUAACAGCAUGCAGGUUUUAAAUGAUUGCCGAGAACCGGACAAAAUUACUCUGGUUUCUGAUUCAUAUACAAAUAACAAAGACCUUUCAUCAUCUCUUGCAGAAUUAGCAGAUGCUGAAAUAGUUCAAACUGGUGAUAAUUCAGUCUCAAUAAUUAUAACAAAUCCUCGUUUAAUAAAAGUUAUGACUCCAAAUUUAAUAAAUCCUGAAACUUCUGUUGCUACGGAUGCAGCAAAACGUAUUACAAAUAGGAAUGAAAACAUUACAGAAGUUACUGUUGAAUCACCUGUUACUCAUGAUGUUGGCUCUCAGGAAAUCAGCAUUUUAAAGCCAACUGGUAUACCACCAUUAAAGUUAAAAGUAAGUGUGAUGCAAGAACCAGAAAGACUUCUCUCUGCUGCGUCUUCAAAAGCAAAAAAAAAAUUUUCACAUUGUCUCAGGAAAAGAACCUUUGUAACACGCAAAGGUAAAUACAGAACUUUCAACAAGAUUAAUAAAGUGGAAAGCGUAAGAGGGAAUAUGAAAGCUCGUCGAAUUUCUGCAAAAUUGAAAGCAAAAUGGGCCAAAGAUUUGGAAAAGAGUGGUCGUUUAGAGUGUCCAAUGCCUGGUUGUUGCCAGACGUUUGUUACAGUUGCAAAUUUUCAGACUCAUUACAAGUGGUGCACAGGCAAAAAGGACCUGCAGCAUUGUCUUUAUUGUGAUUCCUUAAUAUUUUCAUCUCAGAAAGCUGUACUUCAUCAUAUGGAAGUUGAACAUCCAGACAAAUUUCAAGAAUAUAAAGCAAAAUUUCCUGAAACUGAUGAGAAAGAGAUAUCAGAAAAUGAGGCUAGGUACCAAAAAAUAGAUGAAAAAAUUCCUCAAAGACUUAAAUACUUGAAAAAGCGGAAAUUUUCUCCCAAAUCCAAAGAAAAUCUUCUGUCCCCCAAAAGUGCAAUUUUGAAGCACAAAAUGAAGUCUAUUGAAGAAACUGCUAUUAAAAAUAUAAGGGAAUUCAAAAAAUGUGUCAAAUUUGAUAACAUAGUACAUAAAAUAAAUUCUGUAGAUGAUGUUGUUAAAACAGCUGAAGUAUUACACCAGGCUACAGAAAUUAAAUUUCCAAAGCAAAGGAAAAGGAAGCUUUUCCUAACUGAAAGCAUAGUUGAUGACAAAAAAUAUUUUUUUGAUUCAGAUGAUGAGAGGAGUAGUACUGAAUCAAGGGAGAAUUCAGCAGAAAUCGCCCCUGUAAAAAUAAAUACUAAGUCUAGACUUGUAUUGAAUAUGGAACGGUAUAAGAGGUACAAUGAAUAUUUGAAACUGACCAGAGAUUGGGCUUCAGAACGAAGAACUUAUUCGCGCUCUCGAAGUGGUUUUAAUUCAUUUGAUUCUUCUUAUAUGUUAGCAUUACAAAAUGAAGGCAUUAAAGAUACUCAUCAGUUAAAUGACAGUAGUACAUCUGCUGUUUCAUUAAGCAUUUCAGAAAAUGAAGUAUCUAAUGAAAUGAGAACAGAUAUCAGAGAAUUCACUCUUCUGGAAUCUGAUAUUUGUAAUUCACACACAUCACCUGAAAAUCAAGAAUGUCCUGUUAAAGAUAAUGAAUCCCUAGUAGAGGUUAGUCAAAACAGAAAAAGUUAUACUGAUGCUUUAAUUUUCAAUCUAGGGUCAAAUAAUACAAGUACUCCCAAGAAAUUACCAGUAUCUGCUGAAAAUAAUAUAGUGACUGUAUCUAAUGGGAGUGUUAGUCCUCCCAAACAGAGGGUGACAUGUUAUAGUAGAAGUAAUCAGAUAAGUACGAGUUGUGGAAAAAAUGAAGCACUGUGUGUGCGAAAGCAGCCUUUGAAAAUUGGCAACAUCAUUACAUAUGGGAAAACCGUUCCAGAUUUUGAAAAAACACAUUCUCAAGAUAUUUUACCAGUGGUUGAUUUUGAUACUUUAGUUAAAAACACCACAUUUGUGGAUAAAAAGGGAAAGUCUGUAUGUGAAAAUAGCCCACGUGUAGUGAAAAAGAAAAAAGUUCAGAAUGUGAAAGGUUCUAAUGAAAUUUCAAAGCACAGUAAAGAAGAUGGUAUCAAGCAACCAACUACUGUGGAUGUUCCAAUAAAGAGGAAAAGAGGCAGGCCACCUAAAAUAAGAACUGAUGUGACCGAGGUCCAAGGAAAACUCCAAGAUUCUGAAAAUAAAGCUUCAAAACUAAAAGGUGAGCAAAAGUACUCUAAAGUGCCAAAACAUUUGAAAAACAAAAAAUGUGUAUCUAAUAUUAAGCGAAAAGUUGGACGUAGAAAAUUCACUAGUGUCAAUCAUCAACGAUACAGAAAAGUACAACGAAAAUCUAAAGCAAAUUUAAGAAAAGUAAAAUUGAAAUGCAGAAGUAGGCAGAUACGUGGCUUAAGAAGGGAACCUUUGAAUAAAGUUGUCCAUUGUGCUGAAUCUGAAACACAAGUAAUUAGAAAGGAUACUUUGACCGGAGAUCUUACAUCUCUUUGCUUGGCAGCAUGUAUGAAAAGCUCACCUAAAGGUGAAGAAAUUCCUGUUAAAUGUUCACAAGUUGAUGACCAUAAUUAUUCUUCGUGUGUUUCGGAAAAUGAUGCUUCUCUGUCUGUUUCGCAAUCAUUCAAUAAAAAUAACAGUGCUAAUAUGAAUGAAGUUAAUCAUGAUGGUAAUUUACUUAGUGUAGAGUCUACACAGAAAGACAAUGCACAUUCUGAAAAUGUAUAUCUACAAUGCAUAACUAAUAAUUUUCCAGAAAAUUCUAUAAAUCACAUGGAAAUUUUGAUUGAAGGUGUUAAUGAAACUCAAAUACAAAGUAAAGAUUCAGAAUUUAUAAAUAACACUUGUCAAUUAAUUGGUGAUGAAUAUAAUCGUAAUCCUGAGGUUUUGAAGCCUGUUGAAACUCAAAUGCUGCCACUUGAUGAACUGCCUUGUCCUGAAAAGGCUGAAGAAAUCUCAAAUAAUGAAGCUGUUUGUGAAUUGUGUUGAAAAUGAUGCUAAGCAGCCCGAAUCUGUGAAUGAGCAGCUAGUGUCAGAAUCUGUGCAUUAUCCCGGGCCUGCCAGAAGUUCAGCUGAUAGUUGUGUAACUCCUGUUCAUUCUGAAAGUGAUAAACACAGCUCUCCAGA